AUGGCGAUAAAGUCGUUGCUCGUGGUGGCACUGCUGGUAGGCAGUUGUUUGGCCAGUUGGGAGGAGGAUCUGUACCUGUCGAAGCGUCGCCUACCGCGAGGUCUGGUGCCACCGAUCGUCCCACCACCCAACGGUCGCAUCGUUGGAGGUUCCGAGGUCAACAUCGCUAACUUCCCGUUCCAGCUGUCUCUGCGUCAGAAUGGAGCCCACAUUUGCGGUGCUUCAGUGAUCUCUAGCAACUACGCUCUAUCGGCUGCCCACUGUACCUUCCCGGCACCACCAGUCACGGCGAUCACACUCCGUGGUGGAAGUUCCGACCGCACUGCUGGAGGAGUUCUCUUCCAGGCAGCGGAAAUCAUCAACCAUCCGUCGUACUCGGACGCCAGCCUGGACUUUGACGUGUGUGUCAUCCGUAUCACGACGUCCUUUAUUGGAGCCAACAUCGCUGCAAUCCCGUUGGCCCCAGAGGGCACGGACUACCCGGCUGGAACGCGUACAGUUGUUUCGGGCUGGGGUUUGACCAGUCCCAUCGGUUCGCUACCGUUGAACCUGAUGGCGGUCGAUUUGCCGCUUAUCUCGCAGGAUGGUUGCCGCAGUUUCUGGGGCGCGGCUAGUCUCACCGAUAACAUGAUCUGUGCCAGUGAGUCGGGCCGAGACGCAUGCAAUGGUGAUAGUGGAGGUCCGCUGACCAACAACGGUCGCCAGAUCGGUAUCGUGUCCUGGGGAUCGCCCUUGUGCCAGGGUAACCUGCCGGGAGUGUAUGCCCGUGUUGCUGCACCAGGCAUUCGUUCGUUCAUUCGUGAGACCACAAACGUAUAA